AAAGCUGUCUUAAACCUCAGUCCCCAAAAUGAAAAACACGAGUAAUUUUGGAUUCUUAAACCCUCCCUCGCCAACGCUUACACUUCAAAUAUAGCACCAAAUAUUAUUAUACAGCAAUUUUGUGUUGAUUUGAGAUGCAGAUUGUUCGGCGGCUCUCCAUUACUGUAUCCAAACAAGUAGUUGGAGAUGCUUCAAAUUCAGUUCGUGGAUCGAAGACUCAGUGCCGGUGGAGGUCGUUUGCGGCCACCGUUCCGUCUGAUUCAGCGGCAGAUAGAAGGAAACCGAAAAAAGUAUUAAUGGAAGAAAGGAUAGCAAUGGUGGAAGGUUUUGUUAACAAAUAUAGAGCCAUGAAUGGUGGAAAAUUUCCAUCUGCUUAUGCGGCAAUGAAAGAAGUUGGUGGCGGGUAUUACACUGUCAAGAAGAUUGUCCAAGAAAUGCAAUACAAUGCUAAAAUGCCAGUAGAUAAAGACUCUGUGGUUAAAGAAGUUUCCGCAAGAAAAGCUGCAAUUAGGAAGGAUAAGAGCAAGGUCGAGGUAAAGCUGCAAUUAAGCAGUGCAACAUGUCUCGAACAUGAAUGUGAGGAUACUAGUAGCAACCGUGAGGCAGAGGCAAAGCUACAAACUCCAAUUGCAGCAGAGAAGAUUUCGUUGCAUGAGGUGUCAAGAAUUUCUGGAAGUGAUAAUAAAGAUGCUGCUGCACAAGUUCUUGGAGCGGAGGUAAAAUCUUUUUCACAUUCCGAGGAACCUGAGAAUAACAUAAAACAGAAAGACUCCCCUAUGGAAGAUUUCAAAUUUGAUGGCCGAAAGCAGAUGGAUGAGCAAAUACAUUCACCUGAACCUGAAAAGCCUACAAGGAAAUUAUCGAAUGAGCGCAAGGUUGAUAUACAAGCUGAAAGCAAACCAUCCAUGUGGAAAAAUAUGAAAUCUUUUGCAGAUGGAAUCCGCAACAUGUGGUGGAAACAGUAAAUUAGCCCCCAGAGUUAUCCAAAAACAAGGAGAUGGACUGCAUUUACGUCAACAUGAGAGAUCUUGUUAGUAUAAUGUUAUGCAGGCACGUCUGUGCAAUGAAUAAAUGAUCA